GUCUCCGAAACUCUAGCUUGUACCACGUACACCACAGAUCACUGCCGAAAAAGAAGCGUAGUUCAACAGGAAAGUGUCACAGCUGUAUCAGCGUGAUGGCUUCAAAAACUGCUUUCGAUUACACUAGCUCGCAUAGCAAUCUGUAUAACCCAAACCAAAGAGUUUAAGUACAAAGUGGGGAAAACUUGCUCAACACGUUCCCAAAUUCGACGUCAUGUUUAUCCAUUUAUUCACUAUACUAUUCGUGGUCUACCCGCAGUUUCGUUCGGUGCAAGCAGAAUGUCCUCGUGGCUACAAAGCGAGUUCAUCGGGCGGCAGGAGCGCAGCUGCAAAAUCGGAGAGCCAGAGGAUCCUGGAGAAUUUCCUUAACGAAAGGGACGAGGCCACCAUCCGUUCCACUUGGAAUACUGCCAAAAAAAAUGACAACAUCGGUCCAAAAACAUUUCUACGUUACUUUGAACUGAAGCCCGAAGCGCAAAAAAUGUUCCCGGCGUUUGCAGAAGUUGACCACAUGAAGUUGCCAACAAAUGAGGACUUUCUCGCUCAAGCAAAGAGUUGUGUAUCCGGGUUGAACUCAUACGUAGAGCACCUCGGUAAAAAUCCCCAAAACUGCCCAUUCAUCGCUAAAGCAAAAGGAAAAUAUCAUCAUGAAGAUCUCAAGCUUCUAGGAGUGACACUCAUGGGAGUGUUGGAAGAAGAGUUAGGAAAGGGCUUCACUGAUGAAUCAAGGGAAGCAUGGAGAAAGGGACUUCAUGCCAUGAACGAAGCCGUCUCGAAAAAACAUGCUUCGAGACGUUGAUCCUUUGUGGUUCAAACCGUAUAUGCAAGUUGUCCAACCAAGUAGAAGUUUUAUCAAGUGAUUGUGAAACAUGAACAUAUAACAUAGGCAACAUUUAUUCAGGGGUAUUAGUAAGUUUGGUGAGGGAAGACAGUUUACUCUUCGAAUAAUAAGUAAUCUACAAAUUGGGGCAUAGUGGGAUUUUUCCCAUAACACCUUACAAUACAAUCACACUGAAAUGUAAACUCACUGUAAUAGAUUACACAAGCUUACACAAAUUUA